GGCGGAGGAGCCGGCAGCUUUGGGGCCUUCAUCUGCCGGCCGGCGCCUUGCCUGGCUGUAUUCAUGUUCUGAGGAGGGAGUAAGAAGGAGCCAUGGAUGCUGCAGCACUGGUGGAAGCUGUUGUGGAAGAAGUGGCCUGUCCCAUCUGCAUGACCUUCCUGAGGGAGCCUGUGAGCAUCGACUGUGGCCACAGCUUCUGCCACAGCUGCCUCUCUGGACUGUGGGAGGUCCCAGGAGAAUCCCAGAACUGGGGUUACAGCUGUCCCCUCUGCCGGGCUCCUGUCCAGCCAAGGAACCUGCGGCCCAAUUGGCAGCUGGCCAACGUUGUAGAAAAAGUUCGUCUGCUGGGGCUGCAUCCAGGAAUGGGGCUGAAGGGUGACGUGUGUGAGCUCCACAGGGAACAGCUAAAGAUGUUCUGCAAAGAGGAUGGCCUGAUCAUGUGUGAGGCCUGCAGCCAGUCCCCUGAGCAUGAGGCCCACAGUGUCGUGCCCAUGGAGGAUGUCACCUGGGAAUAUAAGUGGGAACUCCAUGAGGCUCUGGAGCAUCUGAGGAAAGAGCAAGAUGAGGCCUGGAAGCUGGAAGUUGGUGAGAGGAAACGAACUGCCAACUGGAAGAUACAGGUGGAAACCCGAAAGCAGAAUAUCAUGUGGGAGUUUGAGAAAUACCGGCGAUUACUAAAGAAAAAACAGCCACCAGGUCGGCGACUAGAGGUGGAAGCAGCCGCAGCUCUGGCCAGCCUAGAGCAGGAAGAGGGGGAGACCAUGCAAAAACUGGAGCAGAAUCACAAUGAGCUCAUCCAGCAGAGCCGAGUGCUGUGGAGGAUGAUUGCAGAGCUGGAAGAGAGAUCUCAGAGGCCUGUCCGCUGGAUGCUGCAGGGUAUUCAGGAAGUCUUAAACAGGAGCAAGUCUUGGAGUCUGCGGAGGCCAGAACCGGUCUCCCUGGAGCUAAAGACGGAUUGCCGCGUGCUGGGGCUAAGAGAGAUUUUGAAGACCUAUGCAGCUGACGUGCGUCUGGAUCCAGACACUGCUUAUUCUCGCCUCAUUGUGUCUGAGGACAGAAAAUGCGUGCGAUACGGAGACACCAAGCAGAAACUGCCCGACAAUCCUGAGAGAUUUUACCGCUACAAUAUCGUCCUCGGCAGCCAGUGCAUCUCCUCAGGCCGGCACUACUGGGAGGUGGAAGUGGGAGACAGGUCAGAAUGGGGCCUGGGAGUGUGUAGGGAAAAUGUAGACCGGAAGGAGGUGGUCUAUCUAUCCCCCCACUAUGGAUUCUGGGUGAUCAGGCUGCGGAAGGGAAACGAGUACCGAGCAGGCACCGAUGAAUACCCCCUCCUGUCCUUGCCAGUCCCUCCCCACCGGGUGGGAGUCUUCCUGGAUUAUGAGGCCCAUGAUAUCUCUUUCUACAAUGUGACUGACAACGGCUCCCACAUUUUCACUUUCCCCCACUAUCCCUUCCCUGGGCGUCUCCUGCCCUACUUUAGUCCUUGCUACAGCAUUGGAGCGAACAACACAGCCCCUCUGGCCAUCUGCUCCCUGGACGGGGAGGACUGAGAGGGCCACCAUCCUAGCCAGCGGCCUUGGAGUUUCACCUGGCCCACAAGGGCCUUGGAGGCUCCUGCCACCAACAAGGAUCCCCUUGAACUAAGCUGAGUCGAGGAUCCAGGGAGCCCUCUCCCUGACCAGUAGUCUGUUGCUACUGGGCCAAGGUCUCUCACUAACCUACUCAUGUAUAAAAGCUGAGGCUCAGUCCAAGGAGCAUGGAACCCCCGUGAGGGAAGCAUGACAGGGCUGAGGACAAGGAUCAAAGCAGUUGUAAGAUAACGUGUUGGUGUCAGUCAGGUCUCUGUCCUUUCUGUAGCUCAUGCUCUUCCCCAGUCCCUGAGGGUGCCAUAAGUAAGUCAGCGCGGGUGGUGAAGUGGGUCCACCCUCCAGGAAACCCUUUGCAUAGGGCUUACCAAAAAGCCAAAAGAUAAUUGUUCAUGUCCAGAGCUGGUUACUGUGCUGAUACCAGGAUAGGAUGCUUUGCCUGAGGUUUGCUGCUACUGAGCAACCCAUUUGGACCCCAACUCUCUGACCCCCUAACUAGAGAAAUGCCUUGCAACAUUGCCCGGGCCACCCCAGUGUGCAUCCCCUCUCUGAACGUAAGCUGGGAAAAUCACUCUAUCUCAGACUCUAAGGAGACCUGGAUCCUGGUCCUGCCCUUUUCCCCAAGUGUCAGGAUCAGAAAACCUGCGAGCCUUGUUCUUAUGGUCACUUUACGGAUGAAGAAACUGAAGUGGCCUUAAAUGCAGUAAGUUGCUUCUCACAAAACUGUUGAAAAAAGAUUGUAAAGCUUAUCAAGUACUUCCCACAUUCAAAUGAAAAAAGAUGGGCAGACUUGCUUCUCAGGUCACCCGUCUGCAUAUCCUUCAUUACAGUUGGGUCUGAAACAUCCCAGUGUCUGAGGGUUUUAGGUGUCCUCAAUGGAAAAAUGGGUAUAGUAAUUGCAGACUCUCCUACCUCACAGGAUUGUUGUGAAGAUCUCAGAUCCAUCCUAUAUUUUUGUCCCUUUCUCAGGGAUGGAAGAAGGCAGGCCAUGGAUUUCGCCUGCGGUAGCCCUCCUGCCUCUCCUUCUUAGAGCCAGCAUCUGUACAGCAGUGCCUUUGUUUGAUAGAGCCUCUCCCGACAGUCUCAGCCAGUUAGACAGAAAGGUGCCCUUGCCAGUCAGUGGCAGACUCUGGGCCACAGGGAUAGGUUGUGCAUCUGUUGUAUGUGUUUGUGUCUGGAUUAGAAUGGGGACUGUGACAUCAGAGUAGAGAAUGGAAAUAAUAAAAAGAAAAAUUUAGAACAGAUGCACUGGAAAGAAGGCUCACCCACAAGCUAGUUGGGCUAAAGUUUGGAUCUUUUUUGUCACCAAGGGAAUCUUCAUGGCUCUGGUAACUACCUAAUAUUCUGCCUUUCUCUUCCCUAAAUCUAUGACACAAGAAGGACAAGGCAUAAAAAGCCAGCUUGGGAGCCAUACACUAUAAUGAAAGGGAAUUAAAACUAUAUAUGUGGGCUGUUGACCUUAGAAUGAUGGUUAUAUGUGUUCAAAAUAAUUCAUUACAGGGCUUAAGAGUAUGAUGUGGGAAUGCUUGUGCCUGGAGACAAAUUGCAAGGCAAGCAGGUGGAAACCAUUGGCCUUGCCUAUUGCAAGGGGCUCUGAUGUGUACAUCACGUGUUGUCGCCAUGAUGCUGUGAAACACAACUUCUGAUAUAGUUUAAGCUUGAAGGUAGUGACUGUUGAGUCAGGAUUAGGCAGCAAAAUAGUUACCAGGUCAGGUAUAGGCAGAAGCAAAGUAAUUCCUGUAAUAAAGAAGAGCAAAAAUUGUCUUUCUACUUUAAUUGUAUUGGUUGUUCACAUAAGGAAGAGGUAAAACAGGCUAAAGUGGAGAAAUAAACUCAUUCUG